AUGAUUCUCUACCACACGUAUCACCAACACUUUACGAAAGAGAACUUUGCGGAGAUUUUUCAACGCACAGUCAAAAAGCAUGGUCGUUUGUCCACAGCAAUCUAUCACGAGGAUCAGGUUUGGACACUGGGAGACCUGGACGCCUAUUCGAAUAAGGUGGCCAACCAUCUGAUCAGCUGUGGACUGAAACGAGGUGAUGUGAUUUUUAUGUUGAUGCAGCCUUCCGCGGCCUAUUUGGGUAUUUGGCUCGGAGCAGUGAAG